CGCUUCCGCGCUCGCACCGCCUCUGCCGCUGCCUCAUUUCCUGCAGCGGGGGCGGAGGGAGCUCUGUGUUCGCUCUCUUGGACGUUCGCCCGCUCCCCUCCCGCCCGGCCCCGCCGAGCCGCCUCCUGCCCUUCGAGAUGCCGGCUUACCACUCCACAUUAAUGGACUCGGACACCAAGCUAGUUGGGAACAUGGCACUGUUACCCAUCAGAAGCCAGUUCAAGGGCCCAGCACCUCGGGAAACUAAGGACACUGAUAUCAUAGACGAAGCCAUCUACUACUUCAAAGCUAAUGUUUUCUUCAAAAAUUACGAAAUUAAGAAUGAGGCUGACAGAACACUGAUCUACGUCACCCUCUACAUUUCUGAGUGCCUGAAGAAGCUGCAAAAGUGUAACUCCAAAGGCCAAGGAGAGAAAGAAAUGUACACACUAGGAAUCACUAACUUCCCAAUCCCUGGGGAGCCUGGCUUUCCACUUAAUGCCAUUUACGCCAAACCUGCCAACAAGCAGGAGGAAGAGGUGAUGAGGGCCUACCUGCAGCAGCUGAGGCAAGAGACCGGCCUUCGCCUCUGCGAAAAAGUGUUUGAUCCUCAAAGUGACAAGCCCAGCAAGUGGUGGAUCUGCUUUGUGAAGAGGCAGUUCAUGAACAAGAGUCUCUCAGGCCCUGGGCAGUGAAGAGGCAAAGUGGCAACAACUUAUAAGUGUUUCCACAGCAAGAUGUUCCCGUCUUUUGCCUUUGUUUUGGAUGCAUUUUGUACCAGGGAAGAACUAACUGCUUAUGAAGAAAAAAGAAAAAACAAAACAAAACAAAACAAACCUGUCAAUGAGAGGGGGAGGGGGAGAGCAAAAAGAUAAGUUGUGUAAGCAAAAAUUAUUAAGCUGGUGCUUAAUAAGUGAUUUUCUACACGCUGCUUCAGAUGCCACCUGCUUUGUUGUUGUGGCUACAGCAUCUGAAACAGCACUGGUAUUUAAGAGAAGAAAUGGGCCUGCUGUGGGGCAAGGGAGCUGUGUCAUUGCUCUGCUGGCUGGAGUCAGUGUCAGUGUCCAGGGCAAAUAGACCUCUCAUGCCGUGUUGUCCAUGAAGUGAUUUUUACACUGUAUUCAUUAAACUUCGCUUGUAAUUAAUGUGGUAA